AUGAGAUGGGAUGCGGAUGUAUGCGCAGACUGCAUCAAAAGGACAGGACAAAUCCGCUCAUAUCAAUUAACUAUGAUCGAACAGCAACACGACGCAACGUGGAAGAGAAUUCAACUGAAUACUUUCACUCGAUGGGUUAGGCAGAAAUUAGAACAAGUGGAUGUAACGGUGUCUGAUUUGGAAACCGAUUUUGAAGAGGGUUUGAAAUUAAUACGUUUGGUUGAAGUACUUUCUGGGAAGUCGUUUGGUCGACAUAAUAAAAAGGUCAUAUUUCGUCAUCAGAAACUUGAAAAUAUCUCGCUUGCGCUGCAAUUUUUGGAGAACGAAGAACACAUAAAACUUGUUAAUAUCGAUAGUUCUGCAAUAGCAGACCGCAAUCUAAAACUGAUUUUGGGUCUCGUAUGGACGCUUAUUUUACAUUAUUCCAUUUCAAAACAAGUUUGGGACCAUCCAAGUGGUCAAUUAGGAAAUGGUGAAAUGUCAGCGAAAGAAAAACUCUUGACAUGGCUCAGAGCAAAGUUACCAGUCGAACUCUCUGUAACCAAUUUCACCUUUGAUUGGAACGAUGGGAUUCUCCUUGGUGCUUUGGUUGAUUCUUGUGCUCCAGAUUUGGAAGUUGAUUGGCGAAAAUGGUUACCAUCGCAGGCUUUGCAGUCAACUCUUACUGCAAUGAGGCUUGCUAGCGAUUAUCUUGGUGUUACUGCACUUAUUGAACCAGAGGAAUUGAUCAGUCCGGCUGUUGAUGAGAAAAGUGUUAUGACUUAUCUUUCGCAGUUCCCUGGUGCGAAGUAUACUCCAUUACUUGGUCGACUUCAUGAUGUUGUAUUGAGACCAGUAGUAGGAGUCAGCACCAUAUUUAAACUUCAAACUCGUGAUGCAAUGAUAGUUCCGGAAAUCAUUAUCAAAGGGCCGAAUGGAUCUUCAAUUCGUUGUAUUCAACGUCAGCUUUCAGGAACUGUUUAUGAAUUCGGAUAUCAACCAGAAACACCAGGCGAACAUGAGAUUAUGGCAACAGUUCGUGACAUUGCAUCUGGUGACUCAGCUAAACUGGCAAGGACCAAAGUUGUAGCAGUUGAAGGAACGGAUAUCUCUUCGAUUUUGGUGGAUGGUCUCAGUAAUGAAACUGUAACAGUUGGACAGAGGAAAGAUAUUGUUAUUGAUAUUGGAAACUUGAUACCUAUGAAGAAUGGUUUGGAAGUUAUUGUGGAGGAUAUUGGAAAAGUUGAUAGAUCAAAGUAUUUGCUAUCUUUAGAAUGUGAGCAUAAUUCACACAUUUACAGAGGCUUCUGGACAGCCAAAAGAUUAGGGAAAACCAAAAUAUGUGUUCUUUUUGAUGAAAAUGUAGUUUGUGAAUAUCUAAUUAGUGCUCGACACAGCGAGGACAUAACUAAAUGCCGAGCCCUUGGUGAAGGACUUGAACGUGCUGUUGUUGGUAUGCCAGCGAAAUUUCUAGUCGAUAUAAAGGAUGCUGGAAAGAGCAAAAUGGAAGUGGCGAUCAAGGGACCCUCAGAAGUGGAAGUGAAUGUAAUGGAUAAUUUGAAUGGUUUGUGCACAGUGGAGUACAUUCCAGAAACUCCCGGGUUGUAUGAAAUAAUGAUUUAUUAUGGAGACAAAAAAAAACAAAUCCCAGGUUCUCCAUUCAUGGUAAUAGCCGAUUAUGAGCGUAAUCCAUCGAAAAUUGUAAUAAGCGGAAGCACUAAUGGACUAGUUCAAGCUAGAAUGCCAAAUUCGCUUAUUAUUGAUGCUACGCUUACUGCAUUAGAACCAGUAAGUGCGCGUCUUCCUGCCGGUUUCGAACAGCCAAUUGUUGAAGAAAUCAAACCUCGAGUAUAUCGAGUUACUUUCAUCCCAAGCAUUACAAGUGAAACAAUAACAUUGGAACUUUUGUAUGGGGACGAACUUCUUGGGAAACCGAUAGUUUUCUUAGUCAAACCUGAAGAAGAAUUAGAAUCCGUGAUAUUGAGAAAUUGUUCUGGUGGCUUGCUAUCGUCAACAGUGCAAGCCUCCCUUCAAUUUGAAGCUCUGAUUGAUGUUACGAAAGCUGGGAAAAUUGAUGAACUGUUUGCGGAAAUAAAAGGUCCGGAUGGCAAGGUGCGGAAAUUACUACUCACCGAAAACUCUGACAAGAAAAUAUACUUAUUGAACUUCGUGCCGGACCUGGUAGGCGUAUAUGUUAUUGUAAUAUACAUCAAUGGGGAACCAUUUUCGGAUCCGUAUAACUUAACUGCUAUACCAGUGGGUUCAGCAGAUAAAUGCUUCGUGGAAUCGAAGUCACUUGACAAGUUCUGGACUAUUGGGGAGCCAAGAGUUUUUGUAGUGAAUGCUAAAAAUGGAGGAGAAGGAGCAUUAAACGUUCUCUCUGAAAGAGUUGACUUGGAAACAAAAAUUGACAAGAAUGAGGAUGGCUCUUACACUGUAACACUUACGCCACACGCUCAAGGACAGCAUCGAGUUAUGUUGAUGUAUGGAGGUGUUGAUAUACCUGGCGGGACAUUCGAUUUUGAGUGUGUUCCAUCUCUUGUGAAUGAAAACAGUAAUGUUUCUAAACAGCCAGUGGAGUCUGAAGAUGACGGACAUCUGAUGUCUCGCAGUUUUCGUUUUUCUGUUACUUCGGAAUAUCAGUUUAACAAACUUACUGCUUCCGUUAAAAUGCCUUCUGGUACAGAUGAUAUAGCCUUCAUUAACGAUAAUAGGGAUGGAACUGUGACGGUUACAUAUCAUCCGAAAGAGUGUGGCAGUCAUUUGUUGUCAAUAAAACACGAUGGCAUUAACAUGUCUGGAAGUCCAAUUUCAUUUUAUGUGAAUGAAGCAAAUGAGGAAUAUGCGACAGUAUAUGGUCUUGGCUUAUUACAGGCGGUUGUCGGUGAACCAGCAGUAUUUACAGUUUGUGCGAAAGGUUCACCCACUAAAGAGUUGUCUGUUGCUAUUGAAGGUACAGCAAAAGCUGUAAUCAAAUGUCAUGAUAAUAAGGAUGGCACAUGUUCUGUAGUAUGGAUACCCUCUAUGGCUGGAGAAUACAAAGUACAUGUGAAACUUUCCGGAAAACCAGUGAAAAAUUCUCCCUUCGUUGUAUUUGUGGCAAAUGAAGAUCAAAAGCGAGCGCAUUUGUCCCUUGAACCAACAGCAAUGUCGGAGAUCUUAAUUAAUAUUGACAAUGCUGAAAUUGAAGACCUCUCAGCAUCAGUAAUAAAUCCAAGUGGGAUUGAAGAGCCAUGCAUCAUCCGUCAGAUUGAUGCAGCCCACGUCGGUAUCUCAUUCUCUCCAUGUGAAGUGGGUGAACAUUUGAUCACUAUUAAAAAGAAUGAACAAGUUAUACAAAAAUCGAAUUUCCAAGCUGAAAUUAUUAGAAACCAACCUGGAGAAGCGUCUAAAGUUGUUGUUAGUGGAACAGGUAAAGCAAAUGCUAUUUGUGAGCAGGACAACAGUGUACAAAUCAAUAUGCGUGAUGCUGGUUUUGGUGAUUUGUCUGUAUCAAUUCAGGGACCGUCGGAAGCUGAAUUAAGGUGUAUUGAAAAUAAAGAAGGUGUAGCUAAUAUUGUUUAUAGACCUACCGAACCUGGAAUUUACAUUUUAUCUGUAAAAUUUGCUGGUGCUCAUAUAAAUGAUAGUCCGUUCAGGAUUAACUGCACCGGAAAAGGAAUGGGUAUCGUGAAAGAAAGCGCAAAUAAGAAAGUGAAACAGGUUCCAGUAGUUCUACCUGGACAAGACACUGCCCUGUAUUUGCAAUUGAAAAACAUAUCAUCAUUGGACACAAAAGCAAGAGUCGUUGAUCCCAAUGGAUACAGCAAAGAUGUUAAAGUUUGUGAUCUUGGUGACGAUCUUUAUCGGAUUGAAUUCAAACCUGUAGUGAAUGGUCCACAUGCAGUUUCUGUUCUGUAUAAAGGACAACACAUUUCAGGUAGUCCCUUCCAGUUCACCGUAGGACACAUGAAAGAAAUGGGUGCACAUAGGGUACGGGCAGCAGGAGUCAGAUUGAAGCGAGCAGAAGCUAGCAGGAAACAAUCUUUCAAUCUUUAUACCCGAGAGGCUGGAAAAGGAGAACUUGAAGUAACGGUAGAAGGACCAUCAAAAGCUGAAUUACAGUUCCAUGAACAUGAGGAUGGAAAUUGCCAUUUCGAUUAUAAAGUUGCGAAGCCAGGAGAAUACCUUAUAUCAGUCAAAUUCAAUGCUGAGCAUAUACCGGAUUCACCAUUCAAAGUGUUUAUUGCUCCUGCAGCUGGGGAAGCCCGCUGCUUGGAAUUAAUAUCACUCGCGGAUUCUGGAACACCAGGUGAAAUAUGUGCUAUUAUGAUAAAUAGGAAUGGUGCAAAAGGUCAUCUUAAAGCAAAGCUUCAUACACCGGCCAACAAGAUUGAAGCAGUCGAUGUCCUCCCAGUUGAGGGAAGCGAUUUGUACUGCGUCCGAUUCAUUCCUUCAGAGACUGGAGACUAUUACGUUGAUGUAACGCUUGAUGGUGCACCUAUGCAUGACUCACCUUUCUGUUUCCGAAUUGGGACAAAUGGAGAUAAUGAUCCAUCAAUAAUAACUGUGACUGGCGACGGUAUUCACGGUGGUCAAACUGGCCAAAUCUGUAAAUUUAUUAUCAAUACUUGUAAUGCUGGAGCAGGACUUCUCCAUAUUCUGAUUAGUGGACCAUCAAAAGUUACUAUGAAUGCAUGUGAAGUUAGCGUUCAUUCAUUUUCAUUUCAUUUCGCUGUUAGUCACUUUCAAGCAGCAGUGCCUGGACCCUACUAUGUGACUAUCAAAUAUUCAGGUGUUCAUAUUCCUGGUUCCCCGUUCAAAGUAGUUGUGGAAGGUAAAAAACUUGAUGAUGGCAAACCAGACUUUUCAUUAAUCAAGAUUGAUGCGUUCCCUAAAAUUAAGAAAGAAGUAGUUCAUCGAGUUCCAAUUCUUUCCGGAGAUGCGAACAAAGUUAUAGUGAAGGGUUCUGGUCUCAGUAAAUUUUUUCCUGGUCAGUCGGCGGUCUUCAAUGUCGACACUGGUCUCGCAGGAGACAAUAUUUUGUAUGUUGGUCUACUUACAUCGAAGGGACCUUGUGAACAAGUUGCACUACAACAUCUUGGUAAUGGCCAAUAUGUAGUCAAGUAUCUUAUUCAGGAAGAGGUCAAAGGUUUUAUUUAUAUCAAAUACGGCGAUGUGGAUGUGCCAGGCUCACCGUUUGCUGUUUCCUUUUAA